AUGGCCGCUGAAGGGAACUCCACGCUUUCGCUCAUUGCUCCCGCCGGUGUCACCAACGUCACCGGCGCUGACCUCAUCAAGGACUUCAAGACCGGUAGCCACUACGUCGGUACUGCCAAGAUGGGUGCCAAGGGCGAAGCCGGUGUUGUCGUCGACACCGACACCAAGGUCUACGGUACUUCCAACCUGUUCGUUGUCGAUGCUUCCAUGCACCCCGAUCUUCCUACCGGAAACACUCAAGCUAUCAUCAUGGUCGCAGCUGAAGCUGCAGCUGCCCGCAUUCUCAAGCUCGGUGGCGGCUCCACUACUCCCACCCAGCCCAAGCCUUCCGGGGCUGCCUCUAGCAGCAUUGUCGCGCCUCGCUCCAAGCGCCUCUUCACCCGCGGAGACACCAAUCGCCCCAUCUGUACCCUCCACUCCCGCUGCGCCAGCUCCUUCCUCGCCAGCUGA